UUGAAAAUAACACAUGUAUCUGUCAACAGCGAAAUUUAAAAGUUUAAGGAGUAAUAAUGCAAGAUUGUUGUGUCCAUCACGUUGAAUUUGGUGUUAGAAAUGGGGAGGAAUAUUUGAGGAAGUUCAAAAACCAAUAUAAAUUUGCUCUGGUUGCGACAAGGUUUACAAAACACUUGAAACAGUGGGUUCUCUUGUCAGGAACUGCCAGGAUUUUGCUUACGCAACAGAUGUCACCUCUUGCAAACUCUGUCAGUGAUGUUUACCAUGUACCAUGGAGUAGGUUACUACAAGCAAAUCAGGAACCGUCUUUGUCGAGCAUUGAUUCUGUUUACAAUGUGGCAUUGCAAGUGAAAAAUAUUCAAGCAAUUACUGAAAGACUUUCAAGGUCAGGUGUUACAAUAGCAAAACCAUUACAAACUGCGUCUGACAAUCAUGGUGAAGUAAAACUAGCAAUUGUGAGAAGUUGCAUAGGAAAUGUUGUACACACUUUAAUAGAGGAUGCUGGAUAUAAAGGACCCUUUUUACCACAGUUCACGCCAGUGUCCGAUUCCGGUGACCAAUCUCAAAAGCUUACAACACACUUAGAUCAUGUAACUUUUGCCUGUGAUAGUGGUGAUUCAGGAAGGAUUUUAGACUGGUACUCAAACUGUUUUGGAAUGAGAAGGUUUCUGAUAAGCAGAGAUGAAGAUGAAGCCAGUGGUUUUGUGAUAGACAGUGAAGAUAUUGGUGUGAGAUUGAAAGCAUUCGAGUAUUGGAAAUGUGCCGAGACUGGCCUAACCACUGGUAAUCGCCCAGACAGCAUCAAGUUUGUCAUCGCAGAAGCUUUACCUAAUCAAGGACCAAACCAAGUAGACACAUUUCUCCAUGACCAUGAAGGUCCAGGCAUUCAGCACAUUGGGCUCCACACUGACAACAUUGUCAGCACUGUGGCUCAACUGAAAGACAAUGGGGUCGAAUUUGCUGAACCCCCAUAUACAUACUACACAGAGGUUGGCAAACUGGAGGAGAUCUGCGAUAUCGGAGAGGACGUGGAUCUACUGCGGGAGAACGGGAUCCUGGUAGACGCAGAGGCUGACCCCGGAGAUGGAGAGGGGAGUGGGGGCGGGGAGGGAGGACUCAGGUACCUGAUGCAGAAGUUCACCAAGCCCUUGUCUGACAGAAACACAUUUUUCCUCGAGAUUAUCCAGCGUGUUGGGGCGCGGGGGUUUGGAUCAGGGAACAUUACGGCACUCUGGAGAUCAGUGCAGGCAUAUAUGAAUAGCCAAAAGGAGAACAAAUCCUGAUAAUGACUUGUAUGGAGGAGAAGUGUUGACCAGUGUCUGACAAAUCAAUUGCCCAAAGGCCAAUGCAUACCAAAUAUUUUCAAUGCAACUAGCUUGGCAACAAAUCAAGUUUGGUAAUCUUGGAUCCAGUGAUUAAAGGCUAUUAUAUUAUUUUUAUUUAUAACUCUUUUAUUAUGAAAUUUUGUUGAAAGGCUGCUCAGUGGUCACUAAGGUUUUUUGACAAUCAACUGUUGAUAAAUAUAUGUAUUAAUGAGGGGUUCUAAAGUUCAAGGUAAAUCCUGAAAUAAGGAUUGAGAACUUUAAACUUUGUCCUUUGAACUGUUGUAAAGAUUGUUUUUUGCUCGGAUAUUUGCAUCAAAAACAAUAGGAAAUAUCUUGAAAAGCUUAUAAAUGACUUCGAAAACAAUUCCAAAAGGGGUCUGGGCCCCUCUACCUUGCUCUGGGCCCGAUUCCCUCAUAUUCAGACCCUUGGGAAUACUUCAGGAUUGACAAUUAUCAGCUGUUUGUACCACUGUUUAAUAUUAUGUUGAAUUUUGUAGGCCUUUGUACCAUGCCAUGAACUGUAACCAAGUACACCAAUUUUGUCCUACAUUUCACUUGAAAUAUGACAUUUGCAUCUGUAGGCGAACAUGUGUGUAUUAUACGUGUUAUUGCAAUUUUUGAAUUCUAUUCUUUUACUACUGAGAGGUAGUGACAACAACCUUUUUUUUGCUGUGAUGGAACUUGUUAAAAAUUAAACAACCUGAAGGUGUUAUUUUGAUGA